GCGUGGGCCGGGAGAGAGGCAGGCAGACAGAGGAGCAAGGGCGCAGAGAGGAGCUGACGGAGCAUUAAUGAGAUACUGGCCGGUUAGAGUUACAGGGAUGCACUUUUAGCCGUAUUCCACCGCUGUUUUCAGGCUUCAUCUGCGGAAUCGAAAGCGCCACAAAACUGGGACAAUCUCACAAGUUAAAACAAACUCGGGUGGAUUAAUUUAUUCUCAAAUAUGGGCUUGGAACGAUUUCGCGUAAAGACGCCGGGGAGAGCAGCCCUCCUCACCCGCUCGCUCCUUUGUAUCAGCGGGCUAUUACUCACUUUUCUUCAGCCUGUCUGCGAGGCGUUCAACUUGGACGUGGAGAACCCAGCUGUUUACAGCGGACCUAACGGGAGCUACUUCGGAUAUGCUGUUGACUUUUAUUUGGCUGACUCUGCCAGUGCGAGCGUGGUGGUGGGAGCUCCCAAGGCCAGCACAAGGCAGGUUAACAUUAGAGAGGGAGGAUCUGUCUUCUACUGUCCGUGGAGCCUCAGCCAAUCAGACUGUCACACCAUUGAGUUUGAUACUGAAGGGGAUCGCAAGGUCCUGCUCAACGACACAGAACAUCAGGUCGAUUUCAAGUCCCACCAAUGGUUCGGAGCCACUGUGCGUUCUCACGGUGACACAAUUCUGGCCUGCGCCCCUCUCUACUCCUGGCGUACUGAAAAAGAUGUUCCCCGUUCUGAUGCAACAGGAACCUGCUACCUCUCAGUGCAUAAUUUCACCAAGUUUGUGGAGUAUGCACCCUGCCGCACAGAGAUCAGUGAUCCGGUGGGACAAGGCUACUGUCAGGGAGGAUUCAGCGCUGACUUCACAACGGAUGGCAAAGUGGUGUUGGGAGGGCCAGGCAGCUACUAUUGGCAAGGUCAGGUGAUCUCUGCAGCGAAGGAGGAAAUUAUCAAAGCGUACUACCCGGGCUAUUUUAUGCAGUCUGUGGGCGGCCAGAUCCAAACCAAACAGGUCGAGUCUAAACAUGAUGACAGCUACCAAGGCUACUCUGUUGCUGUUGGGGAAUUCAGUGGCGAUCAAGUGGAAGAUUUUGUGGCCGGUGUUCCAAAAGGACUCAUGCUUUAUGGUUCGGUGUCUGUUCUGAACGGUACAGAUCUGAAGACCAUGAUCAACUACACUGGCGAGCAGAUGGGAUCAUAUUUUGGCUACGCCGUGGCAUCGACUGACAUCAACAGUGAUGGGAUGGCUGACCUGCUGGUGGGAGCUCCCAUGUUCAUGGUCCGGGGCUCUGAUGGUCGUCUGGAAGAGAUGGGCCGGGUCUAUAUUUACCUACAGCGUGGCCCUAUGGACCUGGAGCUCCGCCUACCUCAACUGACAGGCAACCAGGUGUAUGGGAGAUUUGGUAGCACCAUUGCACCAUUGGGAGAUCUGAACCAGGAUGGUUACAAUGACGUGGCUAUCAGCUGUCCGUUUGGAGGAGAGGAACGGCAGGGACUUGUCUACAUCUAUAAUGGAUACUCAGAAGGACUCAGGGAAAAGCCAUCUCAGGUGAUCACUGGCCAGUGGGCCGCUGGGAGUAUUCCUGCCAGCUUUGGAUUUUCCCUCAGGGGUGCUCAGGACCUGGACAUGAAUGGAUACCCAGAUCUCAUUGUUGGUGCUUUUGGUGUUAGUAAGGCAGUUCUAUAUAGAUCCCGCCCAAUCGUCAACACCAGUGCCUCUCUGACAGUUUACCCCACCAUGAUCAACCCUGAAGAGAAGAACUGCAUCGUCACCAGUGGAAACACCAGCGUUCCUGUUUCCUGUGUCAACCUGAGUUUCUGCAUAUCUGCCGAUGGGAAGCACCUACCAGACAUCUUAGAUUUCCAGGUGGAGGUGCAGCUCGAUAGCAAUAAACACAAGCAGAAAGGUGCAGUGAGGAGGGCUCUGUUCUUGGAUUCCCAGCAGCCCUCGCUCCAGAGGAGUGUGAGAGUGCGGCAUGGCGAGCGUGUGUGCAACAACACCAAGAUCUACCUAAGAGAUGAGAAAGACUUCAGAGAUAAACUCUCCCCCAUUUAUGUGGCCUUGAACUUCAGCUUGGAUCCAAAAGCUGCUGCCGACUCCCACGGCCUGCGGCCCAUCCUCAACUAUCAGACCACCAGCGUAAUUGAGCAGAAGGCUCAGAUUCUGUUGGACUGUGGAGAAGACAACAUCUGUGUUCCUGACUUGAAGCUUGCAGUUCAUGGGAACAGGAAGGAAGUCUACCUGGGCGAUGACAACUCGCUGACCUUGACUUUCAAUGCCAGGAACGAGGGUGAGGGAGGAGCGUAUGAGGCAGAGCUGUAUGUGGUGCUGCCCCCUGAAGCUGACUACAGCGGUAUCGCACGUAACAAUGAGAGCCUGGCUCAGCUGACCUGCAGCUAUGAGACAGAGAACCAGACCCGAUACCUCAGCUGUGAUUUGGGCAACCCGAUGAAGUCUGGUACCAGUCUGUGGGCAGGUCUACGCUUCACAGUGCCACGACUGAAGGACACACACAAAACUGUUCAGUUCGAGCUGCAGAUUCGCAGUAAAAAUGAGAAUAACUCCCAUAGCGAGGUUGUGCCCUACAAGCUGGAGGUCGUUGUCCAGGCUGAAGUCAUUCUGCAGGGCGUGUCUCGACCAGAUAAGGUCUUCUUCCCCCCGGUCAACUGGAAGGUGACCAAAAACUAUGGGGUGGAGCAGGAUGUUGGGCCUGCGGUGGAACACAUCUAUGAGCUGGUGAAUAACGGGCCCAGCCGGAUCAGCCACACCCUACUGGAGCUGCGCUGUCCCCUCAGUGUCCAGGGUCAAAACCUGCUUUACCCUCUGAAGUUCUUCACAGAAGGCCCCAUCAACUGCACAGCUGAUAAAUACAUGAACCACAAACGCCUCAAACUCCAGCCCACGUCCACAGAACCACCUAUCCUUGCUCUGAAGGCACAUGAGCACCGCAUCGAGAGGAGGGACGUCCACAGGAAUCCACUCGCUCAUUUAACUAACCUGUCUUGCUCUAACACGGAGUGCUGGGCGCUCCAGUGCACUGUGGGUCUGCUGGAGAAGGGGACGACUGCCAUCCUGAAAGUGCGCUCCCGCGUCUGGGCCGAGACCUUCACUGAGAGAGCCUACAAGCAGUAUGUGCUGGAGUGCCUGGCCAGAUACAGUGUGGAGAAGAUGCCCUACGCCAUCCUGCCUAGACAUUAUCCCAGUGGACACAAAAAGGUGGUGACCCCAGUGGUGUGGAACAAGCCAGAUAUCGAGAACUCAGUUCCUCUGUGGAUCAUCAUCCUGGCCAUUCUGGCUGGUUUACUGCUCCUGGCUCUGCUCAUCUACGUCCUGUACAAGUUCGGCUUCUUCAAGCGCUCUCUACCGUACGGCACCGCCAUGGAGAAGGCUCAACUCAAACCACAGGCUGCCUCUGAGGCCUAAAAAAGACAAGCGUAGCCUCCAGAACCACAGUACCUGGCCAUAUGAUUGCAACGGAGAAAUACGAUGGAUCAUGUAGAGUGGAUCAGAAAGCAGUUUGAAGCGAAAGAGAGACCACUGGAACUCCACUGUGCUGCACUAGAGAAAGACAAAAACCCAAAGAUCUCUCAGCCAAAUGAAUGUUACUUUUUUUGUUAAUUUAUGUCUUGCUUUUUGGCAGGUUGGGAUUGUUACCAAAUAGGACUUUUUCUCAAUGCGUCAUGGCUAAUGUUAGCCACCGUCAGCCUGCGGAUGCAGUGAGAUGAUUUCUUUUUGUGGAGAGUUCUGUUUCACCCUGUUAACUGCCUUAUUUUGGUGCUAAUGAUCUGACGCGCUCACUGCCUCUGACAGGAUAUGGCUGCAUGUAGCUUGGCAGCCAGGAGCUGUGACUUGCGCUGCCUGCGGAGGCCUGAAAUUAUUCUUCUGGUAUCCUCUGAACACAGUUUUAUUGACAGAAGAUCAGUCAACAGGUUUCAGGUGGAAAAAUUAACCUGGCGAUAGCAACGUCAAUGUUACCAGCCUGGAAGUUGAACCUUAAUCCAUUUAAUAGCUCUGCUUUUAUAACAACAUUUAAAGUUUUAGGUAAUUUUAACCCUGACCAGCCCAAGGUGUUCCCCUGAUUUUUGCCUAAUACAUGCUGGGAUAUGCUCCGGCACCCCGCCACCCUGAACAGGAUAAGCGGGCGUGGAAAAUGCAUGGAUGGAUGUUUCGUAACUGUUCAUGAAAAGUAUCUCUCUGCCUCAGGUUGGUGGACAGCGCUGGGUUGAGUUGUUUUUGCACUCAAAGGAAAUCUACUGAUAUAAUUCCUGAGACACCGAAGACUGACUGACUGACUGACCUUCCUUUGAGUUCUGAUUUUGACUCCUACUGAUCACUUUGUUUAAAUCCUUGUUCAUGUUCAGAGUUACCAAUGCUGGCAUCGUCAUUGUUGUGUAGUCGACUGGGAUGGGACUGGAACCACCGCAGACCUGUGAAACUUCACAUUGUGGUGCUUCUGUCCAAAAAAAAAAAAAAAGUGCCGUUCUUCUAAAGAAUACUUUACUCAGUUUGAGUCUAGCUCAUUCAGUGUGAAGACCACGUGCAUGCAAAUGACGCUUAGGGGACACCGCAGAGUUGAUGUGCCAUGGUGUGAUGAUGUCUUUAACCAAAGACGUGACAAUCAGCAAUGUUGUAGCUUUGACAGAGAGUUUUAGUCUGAGAGCAGGCGGGACCGUCACUCUUUGUGAGGAUCCAUUUUCAGCUCACAGUGUGUGUUACUGUGAGAUACUGUAUUUUUGAUUGUCUUUUGAGUAACAGCUGCCCACGUUUAGAAAGAGAAGUGGCUGAAGUCAUCCCACUACCAAAAGGCUACAGGGACUGAACAUGAAAAAUGCUUUGUGUUGGUUUGUUUUAUUUGUCAUGUACAUAGAUUUCAUGUGCCUUAAAUGUAAAUAAUGUUAGGGGUUAGGGUUGUGUGUGCUUGCAUGGAUAUAUGUGUGACUUCAUGCAUACAUGCAUACGUGUGAAUGGUAUAUUUAUGAAUGUUUGUUUUGUGUAUGAAACGGUUAUUGCCUUUCCCAGUGCUUAGUUUAUCCCUAUCACCUCUGUAGUUAUAGAUCAUCGAGGUUAAGCCAUUCUGCAUUAAAAGAAGUAUUUAACUGAUGGAAAGAUGGUCUUCCAUAAAACUAGGCUGUCUGAACAGUAGAGAGACGCAAAUACUUUAAAUUUUGGUGCUACAUGGCCAGAGAAAACAGAGGAAAAGUGCUGUGGCGUUUGACCAUUGCUCGAGAGGUAUAAAACCUACAGCUACCAUAAUGCAUUGCGCUGCAGCCUUACCCUGCUUCUGAUUGGCUCACCCUAAUCAAUCUCACCCCUUAUGCCUAAAACUAACCAAUCCAAACAACGAAGGCAGCAAGUACAAACCAAUCAGAGAAGGAGUAGGGCAGGUCUUGACUUCCCUAUGCGGUAAACGGAAAUUUACCUCUUGCUUGUGGGUGACGUUUGGCCGUUAAGUUAUGAGAAACAAAAUGGCGGCCGGCUGGUGACAACUCAUCUGGGCUCACAGUAAAACGGUAAGCUAAACUGUGUUUCUGUAAAGACCCGAGGCGGCAAUUAGGCAACGCAGUACCCGAAUCUUAGCGCUGCUUAAUUUGACCGUUUUGUCCCAUUUUCCCCCAGCCUUCCUUUUACACAAUACAGGAAACUGUAUGGCGCCAACUUCCGGUUUCGGUAUUACAGCUAAACAGUGCGCUAAAAUAUGUAUCUGAAGACAUUCAAAACGGAAAUAGGCAACACAGUAACAGAAUCUUGGUUUGUAUUUGAUCAGCACUGCUUCGUUUUACGGUUUAAUUGGAGUUUGGUCUGUGUUUAAGAGAAAGGAGGGGGCGGGUUAUUCUCUUGAUCCUCUUCUAUACUCCUUGUGACGUAGUGGCAACUUACCAAACAUAGGAAAUGGCAGAAAUGUAACCUGUAGUUUGAGCAGCAGCCUUAGAGCCAGCAGGGAGAUAUUUGCCCUAAGAUGGAGGAAUGUUUACCACAUUUUAUUUACAUAUUAUCUAAACAAAGCUGGCUGAAAAUCGACACAGUAUCUCUCAUAUAUUAGACAUGAUAGCAUCAAUACAGUCUGCUCAGGAUGGUUUGUUUAAGUGCAUUGCAGCAGUUCACACACCCUCAUUGUAAAUCACCAAAAAUGACUAUAAGGCAGGAUGUCUUGUACCUCUAACACAGGGAUAGCAGCUAGGCACUGGGAACUAAAUGUUGUUUGGAAGUGCAAUAUUUAUAUUCACCCUUUUUUUUUUAAUAUUACAGUGCUUUCUUUUGGGUUAUGUUUUAUUUUGUGACUGAGUUGUGACAAACCAGGACUUUUUGUGUCAGAGUAUGUGAUAAGCACACACACUAAACCCUUUGUGAGGUUCUGGCUUUUCACCUUCACUUGCUUUCUCACUAAACACUUCAAGUGUGAAACUUUUUUUUUGUUAUACUCACCACUUCAUCGCUGGACCACUUCUUUUCUUGAUCGUGCAGAUUUUUUUUUAUGCCACAGACUGACAAAGAAACACCAGAGCAUAUCUGAGUUGAGCUCAGGUAUGUUGACGUAGUUUGAUAAUUUAUGUGCUCUGCUAUUGCACCUGUCCAAACACCAACAUUGUACUAAACACGUGUUUAACAUUUGUUUGUAUCAUCACAAUCUUUUCAUAUGCUCCCUCUUAUUGGCUAGUGAUUUAUAAUUUGUCAGAUGGUCCGCAAAAUCCCCAUAUGGUAGUUGAUUUAAAACGGUUAACAUUGUCUGUUCUUUACUGAACAUUUCAACCCAUUAUUUAUAAUGACAGGGGAUCAUUUUACUACUUCCUCCAUGGUUAUAUCCGGAGAAGGCACUGGGUUUUCUUUUCUUUUUUCCCGUCUUAGCCCAUUUUCACUCUCCAGGACUUCAUACAAGAAGUUGUACAUAUUUAUGACAAGGAGAGUAUUUUUUGAAUUGAAAGGAUAACUGAUUUGUUGUGAAUUUUUUUCACCCCAUAUUGGGGAGAACAUUUUUGUCAGGGGGGGUCUUUGAAGGUCAAUUUUUACCUGUUAUGGUUUGUACUUUUAAAUAAAAUAUUUCCCUUUUUACA